GCCAGGUAACUGCAAAAGGUUCACCAGAUGUGGCUCUAUCGUGGAUUUUCGACCUGCAGCUUGGAAUGGCUCGUCUGUUUGGUCAGCUGUGCAGUGCGGCCUUGGACAGUAGGAAAGCUUCCCCAACUCUAUCGGGUGUUGACGACGAAGAAGAAACCAAGUUGCUACAAAGCGAAAUUUGGACAACACUUUUCCGUGGUGGAUAUCUGACAGGCAAGCUGCAGAGAUCUCUCUCUGGUCAUCAUGCAACAACAGCUUCUUCAGUAGAGAAUUGCGUCAACUCUUUUCUGCAAGGAUUUGACAGUGGGGAUAAUGGAGCUAUUGUAGAACUAAUAAAUAGGUGCCGUGAGAAGGCUCCUGGACCAUUUAUCGGAGGUCCCCUUGUGGACCAGGCCGUCAAAUCUGCUUUUGCUGCCCUUAUUUGGCACUCGCAGGAGUUAAGGGACCAGAUAGUUCUGUUUGCCAACAACACCCCUCCAGAAUCUGUCCCAGAGGGCGUUCAAGAAGCUUAUGUAACUGCUGAGUCUCUUAGGCGAGGCUUGGUGGAUCGUCGCCAGCGUUUGAUUCUACAGGCAGAAGAGGAAUCUAGUCAGGACAGCAAGUCCCCUCAAAAAAUCAAUCCUGACUCACAGGUGAUUGCAUGCAAAGAAAAGGCGCAGUUUCUUCUCAAGUUUGCAGGGCUACAGAGAAUCACAGACAAAACCUGCGAGGGAAGAGAAAACCGACGAUCCAAGUGGCUCAACAGAAAAUCGUCAUGGCAGAGAGCAUCUAGCGAGCACAGUGGGAGCAUACUGUCAGGACCUCGACAGAGAACACUGUCCAUUGAAGAGAUAAAGACGAUCGACAAGCAUCCAGCGUUCAAACUUAUCCUCGACUUUGUUACAAAUGAUUCCUGUUCUCAUGAGAGAAUCCAAGCCUUACUGGAGCAGAGGGUGAAACAUGCAAACAAAGUGGCCGACAUUUACCUCUUCGCUGCCGAUUUUCUUCGUAUUUCUUCGGAAACAGACCUUGUCCAGGCCCCGGCCGUACUCUUCUUGCAGCAGUUCCUUGCUUCUCAAAAGUUCUUUCCGAGACACUAUGCGGAUAAUCUUGAUGGCUGUGGGUUACAUCUAGAAAAUAAAGUACGCCGAGCGUACUAUGCACUGGUUAGAAGAUGUCUGGAGGGAGUUAAGUCUUAUCAUUCACAGGCUUCAAUUCGCAGACCGAGUUCUGCUGCGUUUGAAUGUCUCCGAGCUUUUGUUCUCCAUCUUCUUGAUACUGACUGGAAGGGUUACGAUUACACUUUUAUUCUCGAUGUUCACCUUCCUGAGUUCCUUCUGGACACCGCAAAAGCGACCGUAUUGGAACCCAAACAGGAUGUGAAGGAUAGGAAUGAACAGCAAGAACUGGAUCAUUAUGAAGAAGGAAAUGGCUGGCUGCUAGAGGCUAAACGAGACAUGUCUUGGUUUUCUCGUCUUCAGAAUGAAGCACAGACAGACCAGGAACGACGGAGAAUGCAUCUAUUUGUGGCACGGUUUUCGGAUAUUCUUGAUGUGUCAAUAACCUGUGAUGGCUGUGACAUCACCCUAUCGGGCAGGAGAUACCGCUGUCUUAACUGCAUGGAUGUUGACUUGUGUAAUACGUGUUACCUUAGUGGGGUGAAGCCCGAAGGUCACACAGACUCUCAUGAUGUUAUUGAUAUGAGAUACAAGUGUGACGAGUGUCAGAGUUUUAUCGUUGGAACACGGUUCCACUGCAAUGAAUGCUCAGACUUUGAUUUAUGUUUUGGUUGUCAUUCAUUUGGCAAGUUCCCAACAAGACACUCUGCGACCCACAAAAUGACCAAAUUUCCACUUAAGACAGGUUCACUUCCAGACACGAGUACAAACGACCCAGCGAGCCGUGUACAGUUGUACACUCAUCAUCACGCUUGGCUACUGUUAACUUCCUUGGCUCUUACUUUGGCAAAUUUUAUUAAUGAGCCAAACAAAUCUGUUGUGAGUUUAGAUUAUCUCCGUACCGCUGGCCAUCUCCACAUGGACUGUCUGUCUUUGGUGACUAAGUGCCUAGGCCACGCUUGUUUUAAAGCGCAAACCGGCGAGGAUGGCACGGAAUGUGGGGCAUCCUCUGGUAACGAAGUUGUUACUGUUGGGGCAGCUCAUGAGUCAAUUCCAGAAGGAGCGAGUACACAUGACGUUGAAGGAGCGGCGACCAUAGAUACGACUGCUGUAGCUGCCGCCGUAGCUACUGCUGUAUCUGCUGAUGCCGUUGUUAAGACGAUAGAUAAGGAGGCCCGUCAAUCAUCAGGAGAUGAACCUCACGAAACUGAAGCCAAAGAAACUGAAGCCAAAGAUGAUAAGGAUACGGCUGCUGGAGUGGAAGGAAAGGUUCUAACAGAAGGAAUUUCUGAGGUGGACGCAAACACAGCGGAAGGCGAUGGGACAAAUGAAGCCGUAGUGAAAAACGAAGAGCCCUCAUCUGAGAAUAAAGCGGAAGGAUCUGCUUCACAGCAAGAUGGAAAAACACAAGGUCCUGAAGACAUCGAAACACUGUUUGCCAGCAAAACGCAUGAAAGACUUUUAGGACUUCUUGGAGCUGUUCUUCCGCAGGAUUCAAAGAUCAAUCGCUGGACAUCCUAUUGCUGUGGAGUUGAAGGGUUUAUAUCGGACAAAUUUCUUCCAACUUUGUUUAAGAUUAUCAGGGACGCACAAUGUGACGACAAAACUAAAGCUCUUGCUCUUGGAAUUCUCGGCAAGUUUCUGCAGUGCACCAGCCCUAUGGUGUCUGAUCGUGGUGUGUCGCUCUUUUACACUUUACCUGUCAAGACGGAAAGUGAGAUCAGCAGUGAAGAGAGAUCAUCAGGAAACACCAGUGUUGAGUUCCUCUUUCAGCUUGGAGCAGAGUACUUAGCGAGAUCUGAUCUUAAUGCGUCCUCAUGUAUGGCAUCCACCUUACAACAAUUGGCUAGUUCAUCUCAGUGGCAGCCAAGUAUAGCGGACUAUGUCGGAAUGUGUCUGGAGCGUUUGGCUCAACAAGCUGAGAAUGUAGACUUAAGCGCAUUGUUUGGCCUGCUUGUCUUCGCAAGAUUUCCUGAUUUUGUUCGUAUGGGGUCAGUGGUUGAAAUGAAGGAUCCCAGUGGAGAGAAGCGGAGAGCUGUUGUAUUUAAAUAUUACCUUGAUAAAGGAAGUGUUACAAUCAUUGAUGUCAAAUCACGGAAGAGAAAAACGGUCAAGGAGCACCUUCUAGAGGAAUCUUCUUCUCUGAGUGAAACUUUCAAGACUUCAAGAUUUCCUGUUCUUCUGGACAUUGUCGUAAAAAUUUUUCAUCUUCUUAGAGAUAAAAAAACCGUUCCAGUGGAGAGAAUGUGGGUUUUAUUUCUCGGACUGAAGGGUCUGCUUGGUAACAUUAAGGCAAAUUCAAGUUUAAGCCUGAAUUCAGAGAUGGUGUCUAGUGGUAUUGUUCCUUUGCUUGUGAACAUCGCCUGUCAGGGAACGACAUUCAGCAGUCAGUGGAUUUUGCGAGAUUUGGAGGUAUUGUCUCUCAAAUUAUACAAGUCAGAGCAAUUUACUGCACCAACUGCAUCUAAACCGGCUGAAAAAGAUGAAAGUAAAACGACAUCGAAAACUUCACAGGAAGCUGAACCAACAAUAAAUGAUACUUCUACAACUAAAGAAACAACAGAGACAAGUAAUUCAGAGAAAGAAGAAGAAGAAGAAGGCGGAGGUGACCCGUUGGAAGGACUGGAUGAUAUCACCAAGACAUGCUUUGAGACUAUCUACGAGGCGAUGAAUGUUCCUUGCUCCGUACUUAGAGCCAUCUAUGAGAAUGUGUCACAUGAUCAAAGUCGACUGGUGGAAGAAGUGCAGAGGGGGUUUGAUGGUGCAGGUUUUCAAGUCUCGGACGAGGUCAGAGAACAAGCUAAGAAGUGGGAAGCCGUCCAAAAGAAACUUGAAGCCAGUUUGGCACCAGGCCCUGUUGUUGACGUUGGAGUUGUCCGUUAUACGACCAGUGAGAUAUUACCAAAGAAUGUUCAGGCCAAAGCUGAACAAAGCGAAGCGGCUCAAAAGCUGAUUCCUUCGCUUAGUGAUGCAGAAAUUGAAGAGACGCGUGAGAAGCAAGCUCGCACCAAAUCAGCUGAGCUGCUAAAGAAGGAACUCGAAAGUGAAGAAAACUUGGGAAGUACAGAGUAUCUUACCAAAGUUAAUCUUGCUUUGUCAGUGAUCUACUCGCGGCAUUUGAUCGCCAUUUUGUUGGGACAGUGGCCUCAGGGUCACCUGAUCACAUCUGAGCUGAUGGACAACAGCGACGAAGUCCAGUUCAUUGGUUUGCUGGACAUAUUGCAGAGACUGGAGAGUAAAGAACUAUUUGAAAAGGUGGUGAGUUCGGUCGUACGGUGUGGAGAUCCUAAACUGGUUCAUCCGUUGUCUCUUGCUGCCGCUCACUGCAUGGGUGAAGUGACGCUGUCAACUGAAACCAGAGAGUCCGAACAUAAGUAUCCUAAUGAUACCAGGGACGAGGGCAAAGUACACAUUCCUGGGGCUGCUACACUCUUUGUUAAGUUUGAUCCAAGAUGUUCCACUGAGGAUGGAUGCGAUGAACUGCGGAUUGCAUCCUCACCUGAUUAUGAACAAAACAAACAUGUGUUUUCUGGCCCCAGCAGUCGAUGGAUCGAUUUAGAAAUACCAGGUGACACUUUGUAUUACAUAUUCACUUCAGACAGCAGCACCAACGACUGGGGCUGGAAAUUUGUAGUUACUGGCGGCCAACUGGGCAGAUUUAAGACUGGCUUUACAAUGCUAAAUGCAAUGCUGUCACUGGAUAACAAAGUUGCCAGGUCCUUGCCUCUUAAGAAGUUGUGGGUUUGGCUGGUAUCAGUAGCCUGCUGUCAGACUGGUCAGCAGCGUCUCAUGGCUACUGGCUUUCUGCUGAGACUACUGUUAGUUGUGUCAGGACAAGUUUUGAACAGAGAUGGGUCAUGUUCGAUUCCAAUGGAGACAAAUGACCGGCCUGAUCUGAGUUUGUUGAGGCCACUGUGGUCUCUUUAUACCAGCAUGUUGGAGAAGGAAGGAGGUUCUGUAUCAGUUCCUACUUUGGUGUCUCCAGUACUUCGAGGACUUACUGAACUCUUUUUGAUGGUGGAAAACCUCGCACAGGACUGGGGCAUGGCUGAGGACCUCGUGGUUGGUUUUACAACAACCGAAAGUUUAAAGCGAUGCUUCUCACAGGCCGUACAAAAGGUUGGUCUCAUCGGUCUUGCUAUUGGACAACCAAACAGGGCUUCUGAAGCUCUUAUCAAGGCUGCCUCCAAUCCACAACCGAAUGCGGAUGGACUCAAAAAGAAGUCAAUGGUAGCCUCGUCUGUAAGCUUCCAGCUUCCUUUUGCAAUCACCACUGCCGCCGAUGAUAAUGAAGAUGACACAACAGGAGAUGGAUCUAGUGAUGACUCGGACGAUAGCAGCUCCUCUGACUCCUGGAACUGAUCACGUGACUCAGAACCACAACACUGACUGGCUGUCAAGUCACGUGAACACCAUUCUUAGGAAAGUGAAUUGAUUCAAGAAUUAAAAAGAUAAUCAUUUUGCAGAUCAUUUGUGUACACAGAAGAAGAGCUGAACUAUCAAGUGGUUCAGUUUAUCUGAAAUAUUGAAUCUUGGUUUGAUGUGGUAUUUUAAUCACUGGUUCAAACAGACGAGUAUGGAUGAACAGUGAUUCUUAAUGGCAACUGAAUUCCUAGCUUUGAAUACUAUCAUUAAUUGUCAGAAACUGAAACGACUGCCAAUUAUUUUCGCAGGUUAAACAGGAUUAUGAAAUUCUGUUUUCACCAACGAAGACAUUUAAUGUUGCUGGUUUAUGACUUCAGUCAAGACUUUUUUCUCUAAAUCACCUUUAAUUUUUAAAAGCGCAUACUUAAUUGAUAGUCAAGUGUGCCACCUCGUCAUGGUACGUCGAGUGAUAGUAAUAUAGGACCUCGGUCCUAGGCCGCGCGGGAAUGCCGUUGUAGACGUCCUAUACUACUACUGAUCUUCUGAACUUAAACUGGUUUGUAUUCCUUCCACGCGGUUAAGUCACCUUUACUAGUUGGGGCACUAUGUAACGCAUGCAGUGAAUGUAAUUCAUACCUUUAUCUAAGGCUUAAAGGUGAAAGAAGGACUAUUUUUAAUACAAAUCAGAGCCAAGAUUAGUACUUAUGCUAAAACGCUUAAGUUGAAAAGAUAAAGAAAAAAAAUUGACGUAAAGCGAUGCUCGGAGCUUUUCAGGCAAUCACCCCAAUAGAGUUUUAUUAAAUUACCCACUCUUUUGGCGUUUAGUAUAGUGCAAUAUUUCUGAAUAAAGGCACUUCUUUGGUAGAGCAAAA